CGCGUACAACAUACCGACUUCUCUCAGUGUCGUGUGAGGCAGCGAAAGUACAACACCGGUGUUCAGCUCGUGUGUAGAAAAAAAAACCGACAAUAUUAUAACGAGGAAUAUUUUGACUGAAGUAGGACCUAAUCGGCUUCAGUCUCUAUACCGUGUAUAGACUAGGCCUUUAUUUAUUUAUAAAGGACAGUAGUGUUGUAUAUAAAGGAUAUACAUAUUAUACGUACCCGUUGAGGACCUCACCGUAGGACUUUAAAUUAUUUCUUAAAACCUUAGCCGUGUGUACUUAAUCAGAGGAGUACAUUCGCGUGUCAGUAAGCAGUGAGCUCCGGUCGGGGACAGAUCGGAGGGAACACGGCUAGAGGAUGGCGUCUAUACCGACCUGCCCCCGAGACAACGACGAACGACUCACGUGCGGACAGCAUGCAAGCGCGACAUGUAUGUCUCUACAUUACGGUCUACAUCAGGAUUGUGUAAUGGCGGACGGUUGGCUGACCUGCCUCGAUGUGACAAUGACCGAUAGCAACAUGAAAGUCUGCAACGAAAACUAUGGCGUCCAUAACAAUUCCGUGUGGGUACAAGAUGGAUGCGAGGCUAGCUUCGAAGCCUGCUACGUCACAGAUGUUUCCGGAUCACGACUUCGGCAGAGAACACUCGAGUGCCGAAACUUGGAUGAUACUUACAAAAUGUGUGAGGUAGAGGGCGCUAAGCUCGUCAAGGAUGUGGAAUUAAAAUAUGAACUACCCUCUCAUGGCACGUGUUCCAAAGGAAUUAGUUACGGAAUAUUCAACAACUCAAUGUGGAUUCAUUCAGGGUGCAAUGGGAUAUUUGAUAUUAAAUAUUACGAAGCUAAGUCCACUUCCCCACAUGGUGGAACGCUCGCCCCACCCCCAACACCCGUCCCUUCUACAACCCCGGCCCCCACACCAGCUCCUACGCCGAAACAUACAACGCCUUAUGUGAAGUACCCAUUUGACCCGGAGACUCCCCGACCACCUUACCAACCAACGCCCAUCCCGGGGCUCAGUAGCACCACACAUGGGACGGGUGCCACACCCUUCCAAGGCCGGGACAACCUUGUACCUAUCACUGUGGCGGUAUUCAUGGGCAUAUUUGUUGCCCUCUUGCUCAUCCUGUUUGCCGUCUUGUGGAUUUGUCGGAGAAAUACUGUUGUCAAGCGCCAUCUAGGGGACCCAGGUACCAGUGAAAAAUCAACACGUGACAGUGAUGAACUCUCGAAUGCCUACGAGGAAAUCGCCCCUGUGCUAGAGUUAUCCCGGUACGAAAAAUCACGUGAGGAUGAUCCUUUUUUGGCGGCAAAGUCGAACAAUUUAAAUAUGGAGCACAAUAACAACCCUCCACUACCGCCGAACAACUACUUUAUUCUGGAACCGCACACACCAGAUCCUCCCACCCCUAGGGGAUCAACAAUCAGCUCGUCCAGUCACGGUUACUACAAAGUGGAUCCGGGUGUUCCGCCCAUUAUGGCCCCGUCCUUUUUGGUUCCGUCUCAGGCGGGAGCCCCUCCUUACUACGGAGCUCCUCCCCUUCCGGACCCUCAUGUGCAGCCUUACGCUCAAACAAUGCUACAGUUGGACCACAUGUCCAAACCUUUUGUGAGGAACAUCCCUACAGCUCCACCUAGGGCGGACGAUUCUUGUUCAAUUCAGUUUUCUCCCGGGGAAACAAAAUUUGUGAAUUAUAACACGAAUCCGUCAACAUUUGUUCCGAUUCCACAGUACCCCUCCCUCCAUCGCCACAGUUCUAGGACAAGUGGCAGCCCUGACAGUGGGUACGAGAAAAUCGAGGAUCACUGGUGUGACCCAAGGCGGUCAAGUGGUUCGGCCACGCCAGACAGACACGGACAUUCGUCCACUCCGGACAGACUUAGUCAUUCAUCUACUUUGGAGCGACAUUGUCACUCAACCACUCCAGAUAGACUUAGCCACGCCUCCACUCUGGAGCGUCACUGUCACUCCUCCACGCCCGAUAGACUUUUGUUGGGGGAUUCACGACACAAGCCGACUUCCGGCGCGUACACUAGUUUUGAUAAUCACUCACAAUGUUAAAUUUUGCAUUUAUCACCGCCUUGUGUUAUUUUGAUAUCAAAUGUGAUCUUACGUGA